AUGAUUUGGCCUAAUCAUGAUUUUUACAGCGGUGAAUGGAAAAACGGUGUUAUGUCCGGUUAUGGGAUGUACAUAUGGGAUACUUAUUACAAUAAUUCAUUGUCGUUGCCUUCUUUAUGCGCUUAUCGAGGAACUUGGCUAAAAGGCCAACGCAAUGGAUAUGGUGUUCUGAAUUUGGGUUUAGGAAUGGGUUCUUAUUACAAAGGUGAAUUCAAGAAUAAUAAGAAACAUGGUGUUGGACGAUUUGUCUCUAAUAACGGAUUAAUACUUCAAAAUAAAAAUAUAUUUAUCGACGACAACUUUGGACCUAUGUUGUCAGAUGAAUACCUAUGUUGUCCUAGGGAUAGUAAACUAAAUGCAAUAAACGAGCCCUACAAGUUCGACAUUUGUGACACCAGCGAAGGAUAUCUUUACCAUGUUCAAGAGGCAAUUAAAAAUAUCGACAAACAGGCAGAAGUUAGGAGAAAUAUGAUUAGUGAUUAUAUAGAAAAUAAUAAAUUAACAGACAUAGAUCUAUAUAUGGCUAUGCGUAAAGAAGAAACUAAAAACCAAACCAAAUUAAGCAACGAUAUAGAUUUCGAUGAUUUGAUCAAUUUUGAGGAGAGCUCUUUACGGAAAUCGUUAAGAUGUUACGAAAUUGAUUUGAAAAAUAUUUAUUAUAAUUAUGCCACGAUUUGUAAUACCGAAGAGAUUCAAUUCACCCCAGUACUCAUACGUUUAUUUCUGUGGCAGUUCUAUUAUGAUUGUAAUAUACAUGAAAACGGUUUAACUCUAGUCGACAUUGACAAAAUGUUUCAUAGAAAUCCCGAGUGGCUAUCGAAAUCGUCACACAAUCCGUUUGAGAAAAUUUAUUAUUGGCAAUUUCUGCAUAGUCUUAUAUCGGUGGCAAGCAGACUAUACGCCAAAAGAGAAUUACCGGGACCAAAACCUGAUACAAUUUUAGCGAAUGGGUUCAGAAAAUUCAUGGAACGAGAUAUAUUGCCAAACAUCGGUCGGCGUAGAGGUCGUCUAAUCGAGUACGGGAAAUUCGUUCCCCUGAAAGGUCUGUACGCAUUGUACCGUAAUCUUGGCGAGCCACAUACGGUGCGCGAUUUCUUGUGCGCAGUAAGGAGACCGCCUCACGACAUGGACAAACCACAGUCUCCUCUCGUAGACGCUCCUGACGGCUCUUUGCCACUAGGGAAGAACACUUAUGUAAUUGGGGACAACAUGGUCUUCAUAGCGAAUGAUGAAGAGCUGCGGCUUGUAGAAUUUGAAGAAAAUUAUAGCGAAGAACCUCCUAAAGAUUUGAGGCUAUUUAACUUCGGCAACCUGUCGAGCAAGAUAAUCAUAAAAAUAUUCUCUAACAUUUUUCCACAUUUAAGUUCUGCCAAUGCAAUUAUGAACCUCGACAUACGCAUAACGUUUUUCGAAUUUUUCGAGGCAUUUAUAGCUUGCGCUCAAGAGAGUAUCAGAGUUAAAGAUGAAGAAAUACGACGAGCUGAAAAGUUGUCUGGUUGCUAUAGGACUACACGUCCUACUCUUGCUACCAAAGCUAAAUAA